AGAAUGAAUCUCAAACUAAAUUUCGUAUUAUAGUUCCAAAAUUUUAAAGCAUAAACUGUGUAAAUCAAGAUAUGAAAAUCAAGAUAAUACGAGUGUGUGGUUCUUACCAGUUUUAAAAAGCUUUAAUUUUUAUUCAGUCGUUUUUUAUUUUGAAGAAGUUUUCCAAUUUACCAUUAUUUUCAUAGUGAAAUGCAACUCUCCUGAUCAUUGUAAAUUCAAUUAUUAAAGAAACAACACCCCAGAAAUUUUAUUUACUGAGAGCCAUAAAAUAGAAAUAUUUAUAUCAACCUUUUAAAGGAACGGUGAAAUUGUGAAUAAAAAUGAGGAAAAAGUCUAUGUCAACGGCACUACGAGAUGCUGAAUUAUGACUCAUAAGGGAUAAAACUGAAAAUUUGACCAUUCGCUGUAACUUGGACAAUUAUCAGCAUACUGGGCAUAUUCAGAAUGAAGGUGCACGUAAAACGACACACAGUUGGCCUGUUAUCUGUAGACAAUCCAAACACCAUGCAUCUGAAGAAGAAAUCGACAAUGAUGAUGAAGUAGAUUACGAAACUCUUUUUGUUUUUAAUGAUAGUUAUCGAAAUUCAACAAAUAUAACAAAUACAGAUAAUUUGUCUAUUCGAAAGUACUUAGUAGCAGAUUAUAGUCCAAAACAACCAUCCUCAGCAUCAACAACAAUUGCACAAAGUGAAUGUUCAGUGGUCCCUAUAGUUGGCUUCAAAACAAGUAGUACAAAUCGAAUUCUAACUCGAAACAGUAUAGUCCCAUUGAUGACAACGGCACAGACUCGUCGAACAACACUAAUAAAUGAUGGAAUUGUUCCACCUAUUAAUACUACAACAGUUGAUCAAAGUUCGUGUACAACACCACCACCAAUUCUUUUUCUGUUAUUGACACUUUUUAUGACUUUAGCAGCAACAGGGCUAUUAUGUUUUGCAGUAAUGACAGACCAUUGGGAAAUGACACAAUGGGAUCAUAAUAUAUUGGAACGCCUAACUAAUAAUUCAUCGCAUAUUCUGCAUUGGCAUUUAGAUGGCAAAGUCGCUCAGCUACCUAUACAUCACGGAAAAUCAGUUUUCUUAGUUCCAAUGCACAGUGGAUUAUGGACUUUGUGCAUUAAUUUGAGUGAAAAUGAAAUGCGACAGUUAGGUCAAUAUGGAUUUCCUCACGCCAAUAAAUGUAUAAGCUAUUUAAUUUCCAUGAACUUGCAAGAUGUAGAUUACCAGAUCGCACGACGUCCAACAAUGAGGAUGCAAAAUUUGUCUAUAUCGUGUUCUUUGGUUUGUCUUAUUAUACUUGGUUCGGCUGCACUUUUGGGAGCUUUCGGCAUAUGUCAACGCCAAAUAAGUGCUAUUCUUGUUACAGGCGUCAUGUAUUUGUUGGCAGCGCUGUUUGCAUUAUUUACUUUAAUGAUAGUACAUUUCAAACGUAACCAAAAUAUAGCAUCAGAUACUGCUUUAGAUGGUACUAUUGAAGGAUUCAUCGCCAAAAAGGGGGAUGCACGUUUUGCUUAUUAUUUAUUGGAGGCUCGUUUUUUCACAACUUCAUAUAGUUUUGAUUUAGCAUUAGGUGGUGUUGUGUUGUGUGGCAUAACAUAUGUUUUAUGGACGAUGUUAUCAAAAAUAAUGCGCUACAAUCCUUUAUCGGCCUUAUUAAUUUAAAUGUGGAUCGUGAGUCUUCGAAUUAAACUGAUUCGCAUUCGCAGGAUACCCAAUAUUUCAUAUUUCAUUGCCUUUGCAUGUAAUCCAAAAUUUUAUUAUAUAACUUUUGAAAUCAUUGAGCGUAGAAAAAUAAUUAUUCUAAAUUUGUUAAAUUUGGAACACUUUCUAAAGUUAGUUUCAGAUUUUUAAACUAUCCUUUUUAUUUAGUUCUAUUAGAAGAAACUACUUUUUACUUUCUGCAUUUAUAAAAAAAAAUCUUUGAAAAAAUUUGAAGUUUGGAAAGUCAACAAAGAAUGGAAUUGAAAGAGAACAAUUGAACAAAAUUGAUCAAUUCUUCUGUAGUUUAAUUGGUUUAGUUUUUGAUGCAUUUUUGUAUAAACAUAGCUUUAGAAAAUUAAUUCCAUCUAUCAAUAGAACAGUAAAAAAAAAUAAGUUGUAGUUUCAAAAUGCUUCAAUCUGUUUAGUGAAUUACAUGAAAAAAAAAAACAUGUUUUCUAUUUUUCUCUCAUCCAAAAGUCGAUCGGAGGUAGCUCCCAUACAAAACUCAGAUUUUUGGUGAUUGAUUCAGACUUUGUAAGACAAAAUGUAUCAAAAAUUACUUGAAUUACAAAAAUAAUAUCAUAUUCGGUUAUUUCGUGCCAAGAAACACUUCACUACAUAUUUUUACAACGAAAAAAGAUAUUUUUUGAGAAUUUUAAAAGCGCUCUACAUUCGGUAAUCGAAAAAUUUUCAAUCGUUCCAUGCGAGUGUCAAUCACCGGUCGACUUUUGGAUGAAACAAAUAACGGAUACUCUAAUCUAUAAAAAAUACUUUAAAAACGCUUCAAUAAUGCACAACAAACUUAGUAACAUGUUUGAAAUAAUUCUAAAUGUAAUGUCACAAAAAACAAUUCAAAAACUUUCAAAGUGUGAAAAAUCCGCGUGUCGAUUCUCAUAUAGCUUUUAGAAGACAAAUAAUCGCCUUUGCUGUGAUGUUUUAUUUGAUUUUUUUAUGCAUAUCGAACACAUACAAUUUUUGGUGCAUAACCAAAAUACAUGCAUUAAUAAUCUUGUAAUAAGAGCUAACGUUUUGAACAGUAUUCACAAUACUUUGUGCAGCAACUUAAAUGAUGCUGCUAAAAAAUGAUCUAAUAAAGGUAUUCCUUUACUAAUAACUUCAA